AUGGGAAAUUGUGACCAAGCACUAAGAAGAAAAAAAUUUCGCAGUUUUUCAAUAAUUCCAACUUUGAUGAAACGCAUUAUACUUUACAUUUUAUAACAAUUGCAUUCACUUGUUAUGAUCAAUAGUCGAACCAUGUCAGUUAUAUCCUAAGGCAAUCAGUGAUUACAGUGGGAACUUAAGUAGUCGUAGAAGGAGUUUGGGAUUUGUCUGAAAACUAAAUUAAAAAAAUGAACUGUAUUGCUGUUUAUUGCUUUUUUCCGAGGAAAAUCAAUUUGAAAAUGAUGAGGCUUUAAAUGAAAAAUAACUAAAAAAGUUCUACGGUGUAAAAACUCUUCAUAGAUAGAAGACGUUUUUGCGGAGAAAAACAACUUUUCUUUGUGUCAUAAGAGAAUCAAAUCAUAAACAAAGAAGAAAAACGAAGAACUGAAUACAAUGGCAGAUUUGGAAGCAGUUCUUGCUGAUGUCAGCUACUUGAUGGCCAUGGAAAUGAGCAAACAAACUCCAGAAUCCAGCAAAAAAAUUAUUUUACCGGAUCCCAGUGUUCGAAGUGCCAUGCACAAAUAUCUUGAAAGGGAAAGCGAGGUGACAUUUGAUAAAAUCUUCAAUCAAAAAAUAGGCUUUUUGCUUUUUAAAGACUAUUGUGAAAAUUAUCGCGAUGAGCCAGUGCCUCAAUUGAAGUUCUACGAAGAGAUUCGGAACUAUGAAAAAACAGAAUGUCCAGAAGAAAGAAAAAAACAAGCAAAAUCAAUUUAUGACAAUUUUAUAAUGAAAGAGAUGUUAAGUCAUACACAUGUAAGCGAUGUUUUAAUCCAUUUUUCAAUUUCCUCAAUUAAAGUAAUUUUAUUGCAGGAAUAUUCAAAAGAAUGUGUAGCUCAUGUCAAUAGCUUCCUGCAAAAGAAUGAAGUUCCAGCUAAUCUUUUCGAACCAUACAUCGAGGAGAUUUUCAAUCAUUUACGUGGAGAUCCUUUCAAAUGUUUUAUGGAAAGUUCACGCUAUACUAGAUUCCUUCAAUGGAAGAAUCUUGAGCUGAAUUUGAAACUUACAAUGAACGACUUCAGUGUUCUCCGAAUUAUUGGCCGUGGAGGCUUUGGUGAAGUUUAUGGCUGCCGAAAAGUUGACACCGGCAAGAUGUACGCAAUGAAGUGUCUCGACAAAAAGCGUAUUAAAAUGAAACAGGGCGAAACUUUAGCAUUGAAUGAGAGAACAAUGUUGAGCCUUGUAUCAACAGGCGAAGACUGUCCAUUUAUUGUUUGCAUGACUUAUGCCUUUCAUACACCAAGCAAGCUCUGUUUUAUUCUUGACUUAAUGAACGGUGGUGAUUUACAUUAUCAUUUGUCUCAACAUGGUGUAUUCAAUGAAACAAAUAUGAAGUUUUAUGCAACAGAAAUCAUUUUAGGAUUGGAACAUAUGCAUAAAAGAUAUAUCGUGUACAGAGAUUUGAAACCUGCUAAUAUUUUACUUGAUGAAAAUGGUCAUGUGCGUAUCAGCGACCUUGGACUCGCAUGUGAUUUCAGUAAAAAGAAACCUCAUGCUAGUGUUGGCACGCAUGGGUACAUGUCACCAGAAGUUCUUUGCAAAGGUAUGAGCUAUGAUAGUUGUGCAGAUUGGUUUAGCUUUGGAUGUAUGAUCUACAAACUGCUGAAGGGUCACAGUCCAUUUCGUCAACAUAAAACAAAAGAUAAGCAUGAAAUUGAUCGCAUGACUCUCACGAUGAAAGUUGAACUGCCUGAUUCAUAUAGUGCCGAAGUUAAAAGUCUGCUUGAUGGGCUUCUCCAACGCGAUGUUGACAAAAGGCUUGGCUGCGGUGGACAAGGAGCAGAUGAAGUUAAACGACAUCCUUUCUUUCAUGGUGUCGAUUGGAAACAAGUUUAUCAACAGAACUACGCUCCCCCAUUCAUACCUCCGAAAGGAGAGGUAAAUGCGGCCGAUGCUUGCGAUAUUGGGAACUUUGAUGAAGAUGACACAAAAGCUGUGAAAAUCACUGAUCAGGAUCAAGAGAUUUAUAGAGAUUUUUCUUUAACGAUUUCCGAAAGAUGGCAACAGGAAAUAACCGAAACAGUAUUUGAAUCAGUCAAUCAAGAAGUUGAUCGCCUAGAGAAGAAAAAUAAAGCAAAAAAGCUUGCAAGAUUCUAUGACGACGAGAAGGAAAGCGAUUGUAUACUUCAAGGCUACAUUAAAAAGCGCGGAAAUUCAUUUGCAUCUGGCUGGCAGACAAAAUAUGCCAAACUGUAUCCUAAUAGACUGGAACUCUUACCACUUUCAAGAAAUAAUAAACCCGAACUGAUCUUUAUGGAUCAAAUUGAGGAAGUGGCUGCCGAUGUGCCAUAUAAAAACGAAUCGAGUAUCCAAAUAAAACUUAAAGACAAUAUUCAGCGCAUUAUAUUGUACAAUCAGGAUCAAAUAGCCCAGAAAGAAUGGAUCCAAUCAAUAAGAAACGCUCACAGGACAAGUCAAGAACUUCUUGGUUCGAUAACUAAUAAAAAAGUCGGCAAAAUUUAUGGAACAGAAAUCGAUACUGGCAAUAAAACUGUUACAAUAAGUCCGCCAACUGGAACGAUACAAUCUAAGAGUACAAAUGGAUCUAACUAGCGUCUACUCUUACGAUCUCGGUCCUGUUUUAUUGAGCCGAAUCGUAUAAAGGAUACGCAAUUGAAAGCUAAAAGUAAAGAUGCAUGAACAUGAUGAAAUAUCAAUUUGGUAAUGAUAAUCUUGAUCUUAAAAUGUUUUAAUUGUAACAAUUCUUAAACCAUCAUCUCUGCCUAUUCUUUUUACGACAAAUAUAAUCAACAUCAUUUAGAUUCUAAGUUGAGGAAAACAAACCAUUAAAAAUGUCUUGUUAACUUUCACUUUUUCACCUGCGUAGUUUCGUGAACAUUAAGCGACUGAAACAAAUGAGAUUUUUUGGAUGGCAAGAACGAAAAAAUUGAGGAUUAUAAAAAUUGCAAAAUAAGCUUUAACAAAAAAAAAGAAAAUCUUUUGGAAAAUCAUAAAAGUAAAUACAUACCGUACUUUGAUAAACAAUUCUUUAACAUUAUUACUGAAUGAAAUGAAUGAAUAAUAAACGUUAUUAUUAUCUACUUAAAAUUUUUUUUUUUACGUUUUNAACAUUUUGGAAAGAGAAAGGUAAAAAAAACUUAUUCGAGCCGAAAAACUAGAUAAUAUUAAAUAAGAAAACAAAAAGUAAAUCUAGUCUGCAAAAAAAAAAUGGUACGGAUAUAGUUUGAAGAAAUUAUUCAGCAACAGUAGUCAUAAGUAUAAUGAAAUGUUCAUAUAUCUACUAGAUUUUUAGUGUCACGAAGAAUGAAUGUCAAUAACUUUCAUUUUGUUUCACGAUUCGUCUCGAAACAUUCAAAUUAAAAAAAUAAAAAGAAAAUUAGAUGAAGAUGGUCACAAACAAUGGAAAUUUCACAUUUGAAUAUUUUGGUAGUUUAAAAUAUCAUCACCUUUGUAUGAAGUCUGGUUUAUUAUCUUUUAUUUGAAAUAUGAGUUAGAAAAAUAAUGAACAAACAUAUGUACGUGUCAUAAAGACUCAUUUCUCAUUGUACUGGAUCCAGCUAAUUUUGCUUCAAAAAAAAAAUAACAAUAAUAAUAAAAGAAUAAACGUGAAAUUCUGUUUUUGUUAAUGUAAAGUUUCAAAAUGCAAAAUAUCAAACUUCACUUUUUCCUUUUAAAAAAACAGUAUAAUAAAUGAAGCCAAAUUACUUGUAAGGUUUAAAAGCUUCUAAUGAUAUCCAGAAAUGGAAUCAAAUAAGGCUUUGAAAGCUUUUGAAGAACCAGAAGUUGGUUCAGAAGCUAACUAUAACUAAAGCAGAUUCUGGAAGUUUUCGAUGAUCUGAAACUUGUCUUUACUUAUAUGUUGAGAAUUUCACAAAACAAUUUCGGUUUAUUUUCACAUAAGUAUGUUUUUUUUUUAUAAAUUAGACACUUCGAGAAGUCCGAUAUUUUACAUUAUGAAUCAUACAUGAAAUAAUCAUUUACUAACCAUAAAUCAGUAGAUAAAAUGAAAUCACGUUGUGAUUUAACUAUAAAAUUUAAAAGUUUAAGAUCAAAUAAAUUUGUUUACUGUUAAUAUAUUUAUAUAUUUAUUAUAUCUAAAUAUAAUAUAAAAAAUGAAACCGAAAUUUUUUAUAGAAUGAAAUUUUAUGCUAAUUGAAUAAAAAUAAAUAACACCUAGAUAAAUUAGAAACUAGA